CACCGGGCAAGGGGCUACAUCGGGCACUCUGUCAAGAUCGAUGGUGAGCCAGUGGAAGACGCCAAGCGCAUCGCCGCCUCGUUGGCCGACAAGCAGCCGGGCGAGUUCUUCCUUGUCGAUGCCAAUGGCGGCAUGACGGUCGAGACGGCUCUCCGUAUGCUGCGCCUUCUCCCCGACGGCCUCGACUUUGUCCUUGAGGCGCCAUGCGCGACGUGGCGCGAGUGCAUUUCGCUGCGGCGGAGGACCAACGUCCCCAUCCACUUUGACGAACUCGCCACUAGCGACGCGUCCAUCGUGCAUAUGAUUGCUGAUGAUGCGGCUGAGGGUUUCGGUAUCAAGAUCUCCAAGAACGGUGGCUUGACGAAGAGUCGCCGCCAUAGGGACAUUGCACUCGCAGCUGGGUACACCAUGAGUUGCCAGGAGACGACAGGAUCCGAUGUCGCAUUUGCAGCUAUUGUUCAUCUUGGGCAGACCAUCCCCGAGAGACAUCUACGGUGCAUUCUCGAGUGUCGUGACAUGGUCAAGGUCAAGACUGCCGACGGCAACUUCACAGUCAAGGAUGGACGUGUACAGGCACCCACAGAGCCGGGGCUGGGCAUUACGCCUCGAAUGGAUGUCAUGGGCGAGCCUGUUGCCAGCUACUCUUGA